AUGAUCCGAUCAACACAAAUCGCCCGUCUCAACGAUGGCCUCAUGCUCUGCGCUUCCGUCGAUGACGAGCAGACCGAGUCGUCCCUCUCCGAGGUCAAGUCUCAGAUCAAGCUCAUUCUUCGGAGGCUGAACCGCAACGCCGAGCCGCAGGCCAGCAUCGAGAGCGGCAACUACACACUACACUACCUCAUCGCGCAGGACAUUGUCUAUGUCUGCAUCAGUGAGCGAUCAUACCCUCGGAAGCUUGCCUUUACAUAUUUGUCCGACCUCUCAACCGAGUUUGCCAACUCUUACUCCCAACAACAACUGCACUCUCCACAGCUGCGGCCAUACGCGUUCAUGGAGUUCGACACAUUCAUAAGCCGGACCAAGGCGACCUAUGCCGAUACCAGAGCGACGCAGAACCUCGACAAGCUCAACGACGAGCUGCGCGACGUCACAAAGGUCAUGACCAAGAACAUCGAGGACCUUCUAUACAGAGGCGAUUCCCUUGAUCGCAUGGGCGAGAUCUCUAGCCGGCUUCGGGACGACAGCAAGAAGUACCGCCGGGCGGCCGUCAAAAUCAAUUGGGAUCUUCUCAUUAAGCAGUAUGCGCCAAUCGGCGUGUUCGGCCUUAUUGUCAUACUAUUCGUGUACUUCCGGUUCUUCUAG